AUGUUUAUUGUUGAUUUUAAAAUUAUGAAUUAUAUAAAUAGAAAUAUCGUGCGAAAUAGUAAAGGAUUAAGAAUUCUAUUAAGUACACAUUAUUCAACAAAUCAUAAUUCAUCGGAUGUCAUUCGAAAACAGUUUCUAGACUUUUUUAUUAAGGAUAAUCAGCAUGAAUUUGUUAAAAGCUCAUCAGUUAUUCCAUUCUGUGACAAAACAUUGUCUUUUACUAAUGCAGGCAUGAAUCAAUUUAAGAACAUCUUUCUUGGAUAUCAGCUACCAGUAUAUAAAAAAGUUGCAAACACCCAGAAAUGUAUAAGAGUUGGUGGAAAGCAUAAUGAUUUGUCAAUUGUAGGAAGCGAUAGCUAUCAUCAUACAUUUUUUGAAAUGCUAGGUAAUUGGUCUUUUGGAGAAUAUUUCAAAAAGGAAGCAUGUGAAAUGGCAUGGAAGCUUUUAACUGAUGUCUAUAAAAUUCGUGCUGAACGAUUAUAUGUUACAUAUUUUAAUGGAAACGAUGAAAAUAAUCUGAGUCCUGAUUUAGAAUGUCGAGAUAUAUGGCUUAAUAUUGGUGUCAAAAAAGAUCGAAUAAUCGGAUUUGAUAUGAAGGAUAACUUUUGGGAGAUGGGAAAAUGUGGUCCGUGUGGACCGUGUACAGAAAUUCAUAUUGAUCAUUUGCCAUCUUAUGAGACCAAAAAUAGAGGACAUGAUGUGAAUAUAGGCAAAAGUGACCUGACAGAAAUUUGGAAUAUCGUUUUUAUUCAAAAUCAUAGAAGAAAUGAUGGAGAAAUUGAAAAUCUUUCUGAAAAAUUCAUUGAUACAGGCAUGGGUUUGGAGAGACUUGUUGCAUUUCUUCAAGGAAAGUCCAGCAACUAUGACACUGAUCUUUUUUUGCCAAUUUUUAAGAAAAUUGAAAAAAUCACACAUUGUUCACCAUACACGGGCUCAUUUAGUGGUAAUGAUUUUAAACGCGACACAUCAUAUCGUAUUUUAGCUGAUCAUAGUCGUAUGAUUGCCAUUUGUUUAGCCGAUGGAAUGUUUCCUGAGCAAAACCAAAAGCUUCGUAGAAUUUUACGAAAGUGCAUCAACAUUUCUGUAAAACAUUUCGGCCAUCAGAACUUAUUGGUCGAAACUAUUCCUACUGUUGCCAAUAUAUUAGGAGAUACAUUUCCUGAAUUGCACCAAAAGCUCUUUAAUACUUUAGACAUUUUAAAAUAUGAAGAAGAAUAUUUCCAGUCUUUAAAAGAGAAUCUAUCAUUGUCAAAAGGAAUGAAGGAGAUUAUUAAUCACAAUCCAAAGCUUAAUGACUUAGAUUUGUUAGAUUAUCCAGGAUUUUUAAACGCUUACCAGGACUUUAAUAGAUAUAAAAAGUCGAACAAAAAGGAAAUUUCAGCCGAAAUGGCUUUAAAGUUGCAUUCAACAUAUGGCUUAGAUAUAGAUUUAAUAGAAAAAUUAGCAGAAAUAGAGCACAUGACGGUUGAUAUUGAUGGAUAUGAAGAUCAAAUGGAAAAGAUGAAAAAUAUAUUAUUCGAACGCGUCGAUGGUGAAAAGGUAAUAAAAUUAAACGAAUCAAUUUUAUCAACAAAGAAUGACUUAAAGUAUGAAUACGUUUAUGACAAUUCAAAGCAUAUGUUUUGUACGAAAUCAGUAAACACUAAGAUUUUAGCAAUGUUUGAUAGCAAUGGUUCUGAAAUUAACAGUUCAUCGGAUGCUAAUACUUCGUCUAUUCGAAUUGUGACUGAAUGCAGCCCAUUUUAUUAUGAAUCUGGUGGACAAGAAUCUGAUUCAGGAUUUUUGAUAAAAAAUGAACAUAAGUUUAGAAUUAAUUUAGUAACGUCACAAAAAGAAAUAAUUUUUCACAGCAUUAAUCACAAUCACAAUUCAAAUGAGAUUCUUAAAAUUGGAGAUGCAGUGGAAAUGAAAAUUGAUGAUUCUAAGCGAACUAAAUGCAUUCAAAAUCAUUCAGCUACCCAUAUUAUUAAUGCAGUCAUAAGGCAACUAAAGAAACUUCCAAUUUAUCAAAAAUCAAGUCUAGUUACAAGCAAUCAGUUGAAAAUUGAAUUAGCAAUGAUAGGCCCAAAAUUAAGCGAAACAGAUGUUCGAAAUAUUGAGCAGGCAGUUCAUAAAGUCAUUAAGAAUGAAAAUCUUGAGCAAAGAAUUGAAAUCGUAAAUUCUCAGCAACUACAAAAUCAAACAGAUAAGAAUAUUUUAAUGAUUCCCGGCGAAAUUUAUCCCGACGAUAAUAUAAGAAUCGUUAGUUUUGGUAAUCUUUCAGCAGAAUUAUGUUGUGGAAGUCAUGUUCAUAACACAAGUCAAAUUGAAGAUUUUACUUUUUCAAGUGUCAAGUCAACAGGAAGAACUAGUUAUUUAUUUACUGGACUAACUGCAAAUACUGCACGAAAUGCAAUUAUUAAAGGAGAUGAGAUCAUAAAUGAAUUAAAUAAACUAAAGGAAUUUGCAAGUCUAGAAAAUUUCAAUGACAUAUUAAGCAAUGUUCGACGAAUUUCAACAGAAUUAAUAAGCCUGGAAAUUUCGUAUCUCAAAAAACUCGAGUGCCAGAGACUGAUUGAAGCUAUUAAAGAUCAUAUAAAGAAUGAAAGCAGAAUUGUAGUGAGCGAAUUACUUGACAUAGAGAUGAAAUUAAUUACUCGACAACAUAAUGACUCAAAAUUUAUUAUUCACUUUCUUACAUGCUCAGAACUUAUGAAGAAUGUCUCGCUACAAAAAGCGACUAGAUUAGUCGGCAAUGAAAAGCCAGUCAUAAUAGCAUCAUAUGUUGAUGACGAGAUUAAAGCUCGUUGUUGUGUCCCACAGAAAAUGAUUCACGAAACAUUUGAUGCUGAAAAGUGGCUUAAAUGCUUUGCUGAAUAUUUUAAAUCGAAAGUUGAGCCCCCAAAAGGACAGAACAAGAUGGAAGUUUGUUUUAUGAAAGGACGAAAAGUUAAGGCAGAAUCAUUUCACAGUAUGUUACAAGAAGCCAUUAAAAGUGCUGAGCAUUUCGCUUUAGAAAAUUGUUAA